AAUCCAUUGAGAUUAAAUUAAUCAAAUAAAAUUUAAUUUAUAUAUUUCAACUUUUAUUUAAGAACAUAACGAGCUAGGCAGCAUAAAGGCUUCCAUCGUAAAAGCGACGGACUCCAGCACCGCACCGGUCGUAUACCGUUCCCAUUUAAAGGUAAAGCGAGAUGGCUACUGGUGGUCUAAAGAGCAUGUUGGUUGCGGCAGUCAGUACUGGGGUGACUGAGGCUAGGGCGAGGAUAUUUGGGCACAUAAUCAACCCAACGGGCCAGAGAUCUGCCCAUAAGAUUUUGCGCAAGAAGUUGAUUGGUGAGAAAGUUGCCCAGUGGUACCCAUAUGACAUCAAGAAAGAUGACCCCCGAAUCAUGGCUAUGGAAGAACAAGAGCGCUUAUCCAAGCUUGAAAUGUUGAAACGUCGAGGAAAAGGACCACCGAAGAAGGGUCAAGGAAGGCGUGCUGCCAAGCGUAACAAAAAGUAGUAUUUUGACAUGUUGGAUUUGGUUCGUGAGUAGCGUUUUGAAUAAGAAGAGACUACUAGUAUUUAGACAUCUUGUAACAAUUUGUUCCUUAAAUUCUGUUUCAAGUUCCAUUUUUCACUUUUGUAACGAUGGUAACUAUUAUAUGCGGGCAAUAUAUUGCUCAGUCAAACAUUUUGGCAUCCAACAUUUUCCAGGCUUCAGCUGAUAUGAUACAAGAAGAUUUAAGAA